UUAACAACUCUUUUAUAUCAACUAAGGUCUAUUAAUAAAACGCAGUUGACUCUUUUGGUCAACACUAUGGCGGAAAAUCCAGAUAUUGGGAAAGGCUUCCAAAAAGAAAACAAGGAGAAAGUGCUUGCAUUUUGGAAGAAGCUACAUGAUUCCCUCAAUAGCAUGGGGCCACCAUCAAAAUCGAUCUCCGAUUGGAAAAAGGUCUGGAUUGAUCAAAAAAGAUAUGUGCGGAAGAAAGCUGUCCAGAAUGCGCAAAACAGAAAAAAGACCGGUGGAGGACCGUGUAAAGAACACGUUUUUACUGUAUUAGAACAGUCAAUUUUGGACUUAAACGCGACAAUUGAAAGUGUGGAAGGUGUCGAAGGUGGCAAAACUUUUCGUUUGCAACCAACUAAAUCAAUUGGUAACAAGCAAUCUGAAAGAGACAGGCAUGAUGAACAAGACGAUUUAAAUGAAGGCACAGAUGUGAAAGAACUCAGUUUUUUGGACAAUAUCGAUUGCGAAAAUAUCGUUGAAAUUGAAACGGAAAAUACCACGCCAGCGUUCAAGCCAAAACGAAAAACUCAGGAUAAAAUUAACCCUUCCGAGCUAUUAAGCAUGGAGUUGAGUGUUCAAAAAGAAAUAAGUGUUAACAUUAGCAAGGGUCUGGAAAUGCGGAGUGAACACUGCAAAGAAAUGGAACAUCAAUUACAGGAAUUAAAACAAGGCAUUGAAAACUUUGGAAAAAAUCAAGAUGAUUUACUAACGGAAACAAAACGUCACCAUCUAGAAAUUGAACGCCUUAGAAAAGUAGAAGUAGAACGUAAACUGGUACUCAUAAACAGUCAAAUCGAGGUUCAAAAAUUGAAAAUACUUGCUGCAAAGAGAAACUUAAACCUUAACUAG